AUUUAAUUAACAAUUCAACAAAUUGGAUAGAAUCUCUAUAAAGACUCUUUCUUGUGCUUUUAAUCCAAAAUCUUCUUUUUUCCUCUUUUUUGCCUAUUUGUAAUCCAAAAUUUUUGCUUCCUUUUUCUCACAUGAAAGAAUGGAGCUUGGAUUAAGCUUAGGAGAUACUAAUACUGCUGCAACUACUAGAACGACAGCAGCAGCUUCUUCAAAAUCAUUUUUCUUGUCAAAGAACAAUAUUACUUCUUCUUCUUCUGAUCAUCAGAACCAUAGUAGUAAGAAGAAGAGAAAGGGUAUAGGGUUUUGCAUGGCUUUAGGAAUUAACUCAUCAAAUGGAAAAGUUCAAGAACAACAUGAGGAUGAUGAAGCAGAAAAAUCCAAUGGUGAUGAUGAUGAAGAUGAUGAGCAUACAUCCGAAGAAGGGAAUACACCAGUUCAGCUUGAUCUUCUCCCUCUUGUUCCUGUUCCUCGCCGUAAUCUUCCUCAAUCCACCCAUUGGUCUUCUGAUAAUGGGAGUUCUGAGAAUGGUUCGUCCGGUAACGGGGGGCUGCCGGCGGCGAGGGGGUUCGACGUGAACAGGCUUCCGGCGGCAGGUACGGAAGAAGUUUCAUCUCCAAAUAGUAUAGCGUCGUCGUUUCGGAUGGAUUUUGGCCUUUUUAGGUCUGCUAAUAUUAUUGGGAAUAAACGGAACUCGGACUCCGGCGGAGGAAACGACGGCGGUGAACCGGAAAGAGCAUCGUCAAGAGCAAGUGAUGAAGAUGAAAAUGGUGUUAAUACUCGGAAAAAGCUUAGGUUGUCAAAAGAACAAUCAGCUUAUCUUGAAGAAAGUUUCAAAGAACACCACACUCUUAAUCCUAAGCAAAAGCUGGCACUUGCUAAACAGCUAAAUCUAAGGCCAAGACAAGUUGAAGUCUGGUUUCAGAAUAGAAGAGCAAGGACUAAGUUGAAGCAAACUGAAGUGGAUUGUGAGUAUUUGAAGAGAUGUUGUGAGACACUAACUGAAGAAAACAGAAGGCUACACAAAGAACUUCAAGAAUUGAGAGCUUUAAAGAGUUCUAAUCCAUUUUACAUGCAACUUCCGGCCACCACUUUAACUAUGUGUCCAUCUUGUGAAAGGGUGGCUACCACCACCUCUACCGCUCCUCCCACCACCACCGCCGGCACCACCACUUCCAAAGCUCCAACCCCUAUCGCCACCGCCACCGCAACCGCCACUACUAGUGACUCUAUUCCUAAAGCUAUUCCAUUUCUUAAUUCUAGACCAAGAUUUUUCCCAUUUAAUACCACCACUAAUAAUCCCAACCAUCCCCAUCAAUCUGCAGCCUCGUAAAAAAAUGUGAAUUUUCUCUUGAUGUAAAUAUACUAAUCAUUGGCUUGCUUUUUCUUCCUCAAAGAUCUUGGUAGGAUGAGAUCAUGAAGAGGGUUUUUCUGUGUCCUUUGGGAUUCUUGAUGGUUUUUUAUCUCAACAUAUCGAAGACUAUUUUUGGUUCAUUUUAUAUGUGAAAAGAAAAAGAAAAGUAAAAGGAAAUGGUAUAAGAGAAAAAGGUUUGUAGUUGUACUAGGUUUAGGAGAAGGAAUUCCCCUUGUUUUGAUCAUCUUAAAAAAAAAAUAGAGCAGUUCUCUUUUUUUGUCUACA